AUGGCGUUUAAGGGUCUUCUGGUUGCAAUUUGUAUUUGGGUUUGGUCAGGCUCCUUGGCUGCUGCAAUAUCCAAUGAUGGGCUACUGAGAAUUGGUCUCAAGAAGCAGCCUGUAGGCCUCAACAGAUUGAAUGCUGCAAGAAUCACCAAGACAGAAGUUUCUCAACCUAGAGGUCUGGGGGAUGUAAAUAUUAACUCCAAUAAUCUUAAAUCUAAUAUUGUAUAUCUGAAAAAUUACUUUGAUACCCAAUAUUAUGGAGAGAUUGCUAUUGGUUCUCCCCCACAAUACUUGGCUGUUGUCUUUGAUACUGGCAGCGCCAAUCUUUGGGUCCCAUCUUCAAGAUGCAUCUUUUCUAUUGCUUGUUACUUUCAUUCAAAAUACAGGGCAAGCAUAUCGAGUACCUACACCAAAAUUGGAAUACCCUGCAAAAUUCCUUAUGGCUCUGGUUCCAUUUCCGGCUACUUCAGUGCAGACAACGUUAAAAUUGGGGAUGUGAUCGUCAAAGAUCAAGAAUUUGUUGAGGUUACAAGGGAAGGAGUCCUUACAUUCUUAGCUGCACGGUUUGAUGGGGUCCUUGGACUUGGAUUUCAGGAUAUUUCUGUUGGCGAAGCCACACCAGUGUGGUAUAACAUGGUGCAACAAGGUCAUAUGAGCCAGCAAAUUUUCUCUAUCUGGCUAAAUCAUGAUCCAACAUCAAGGGUGGGAGGUGAGAUCGUCUUUGGUGGAUUUGAUUGGAGGCACUUUACGGGUGAUCACACCUAUGUCCCGAUUUCAAAAAAGGGUUACUGGCAGAUUGAUGUUGGAGAUGUUAUUGUUGCAGACAAUUCCACAGGACUAUGCAAGGGUGGCUGUGCUGCCAUUGUGGACUCAGGAACAUCCUUCCUUGCUGGUCCAACUACUAUAGUGGCUCAGAUCAACCAUGCCAUUGGAGCAGACGGAUAUGCAAACUUGGAAUGUAAAAAUGUUGUUUCCACUUAUGGAAAUUUGAUAUGGGAAUAUCUAGUAUCUGGGGUACGGCCUGAUAUAGUGUGUGUGGAUAUCGGUCUAUGUUCAUAUGAUGGAUCUCGUAAUGUGAAAAACUAUAUUGAGUCAGUGAUAGAGAAUGAAACUGGGAAGGAGUCAUCAGUUGAUGAAACUCCUCUAUGUACCUUGUGUGAAAUGGUUGUCUACUGGAUUCAGCUGCAGCUUAAAAAGCAAAUAGCAAAGGAAAAAAUAUUUAGCUAUGUGAAUGAGUUGUGCGAGAAGCUUCCGAAUCCGUUGAGAAGGUCAUUUGUCAACUGUGAUAACAUUGCAUUCAUGCCAGAUGUUUCAUUUACAAUUGGGAACAAAUCCUUCACCCUCUCCCCAGAACAGUAUAUACUUAAAGUUGAAGGAAAAUGUUCUAUUGUCUGCCUUAGUGGAUUUGUUGCUUUGGAUGUGCCUCCCCCGCAAGGUCCUCUAUGGGUUCUUGGAGCUCUGUUCUUGGGAGCAUACCACACAGUGUUUGACUUCGGCAAUCUCAGGGUAGGAUUUGCAAAAGCUAUAUAA